GCCUUGUCUUCCAUUCCCACAUCGCGCCUUGUAUCCCAUUCACUCUAUCGAUACUUUCACAAUGGGUGGCUCUUUGGAUCCUAAGAAUGGAAUUUACAUGGGCAACUGGGGUGAUAUGGGUAGGUCCCUUCAGCCUUCAUCCCUAUAGCACAUUUUGCGACCACGACAAACUCGAGAUCGCUGCACUCAAUUAAGCUACGCCAUCUCGGCGAAACAUUACCUUUACUAGACGAACAUUCUCGGACGACAUUGGAUGAUCCAAACUCGCAAGUGGUGGUCAAGUACUAAUCUUGGACUCAAUAGGUUGCACUACCCCCCAGCGCAUCGCCUCCUACUCCAUUUCCCCCAACCGUCAACGCCCCCUUGCUGGUACCUUCCACGCUGCUAUCUUCAACACCUUCCGCCGCUGCAGACACCAGGUCCUCUAUGUGGUCCCCCCUUUCGUUGCUGCCUACGCUGCCAUGAACUGGGCUAUUGAGAGGAACGAGUAUCUCAACUCCAAGCCUGGCCGUCUUGCUGAGGCUGGUGACGAGUAAAUGUUUUGUUUGAGUAUGGAAUAGAUGGCGAGAGAGAGAGAGAGAGGGGUUUUGUGUGUGUAUGUGGCUGUAGAAGGAAUACAGAGCAAGGCAGAUGUAUCUGUUUUGUGAUUGCACUGUACAGUACCUAGAAGCAAUCGAACGAAUUGCACUUUCAUUUGUCUGCA